UUCGGAGCUGUGGCCACUGAAAUUUUUGGUAGCUCCAUCGAACAUUUUAGGUUUGACUCCAGCUCCACCAAAAUGUCACAUCUCCCUGGAUCCCCAGCCGGGUUUGAAACAUAAUGUCCCAUUUAAUUCAGAUAUUAGAAUACAGAUAUUGAAUAUAGGUAAAAUUGACACUAUGCCACGUUAUGCUCAAUUGGUGAUGGGACCUGCUGGAAGUGGAAAAAGUACAUACUGUUCAAUGAUGGUGGAGCAUUUUUCGGUGCUAAAACGGAAAUGUUAUGUUGUAAACUUAGAUCCUGCUGCAGAAUAUUUUGAUUACCCUGUCGAACUGGAUAUCAGGGAACUCAUUCAUUUGGAUGAUGUGAUGGAAGAUGAAGAGUUACGAUUUGGGCCUAAUGGGGGCUUAGUAUUUUGCAUGGAGUAUUUUGCUAAAAAUAUGGACUGGAUUAAAGAAUUCAUAACAGACAUGGAAGAGGAUAGCUAUUUUCUAUUUGACUGCCCUGGUCAAAUUGAACUAUACACGCACUUACCUGUUAUGAAAACUUUGGUAGAAAAUUUACAAAAUUGGGACUUUCGAACUUGUGGUGUAUUUCUCGUUGAUUCGCAAUUUCUUGGAGAGCCAAGCAAAUUCAUAUCAGGUACAUUGUCUUCGCUAUCCUGUAUGAUAAAUCUUGAAAUAACACAUCUAAGUGUAAUGACCAAAGUUGAUCUUCUUUCAAAACAUUCAAAGCGAGAUCUUCAAAAAUUUUUAGAUUCUGAAAUGCAAAAUCUACUUUUAGCAGACAUGUGUGAUACAUAUCAUGAUAAAAAAUAUCAAAAACUUACAGAAUCUCUUUGUCAAAUUAUUGACGAUUACAGUAUGGUCAGAUUUCUUCCACUUGAUAGAUCUGAUGAAGAAUCCAUUAAUAUAAUACUUCAGCAUAUUGAUACAGCUAUGCAGUUUAGUGAAGACCAACCUGUUCGUGUAGAAGAUUAUAAUGAAGAUAAUGAAAGGGAUGCAGAAGACUAGGGUUAGUCCCUCUGCUGUCUAUCCGGACCAAGCUGGAUAUGAGUAUUAAAUAGGUCACGUCGUUCCUGAACACGUUCAAAAUUGUGACCAUCAUCAAAAAAUGUCAUAUCUGUGCACUAUAUUGUUUUAAUUACAAUUUCGAGGACAAUUGAUGGUUGAUAACAAAGUAAUAAGGCGGCGAAAGAUGUACAUGCCGUAAAUGCUUAAAUACGCCGAACAGUUUUGGUGGUAAUAUCAUUUUGUCAGACUCAUAAUAUCGUUUUUUCUGCGUUCUGAUUUACUUGUUUUCAGAAGGCAGUGAUACAAUUUCAUAUCUUGGGUAUUUAUGAUAUUCCAUCUUCGCUGAGUCCUUAAAAUAGUGUGAUUGUGUAACUUUUUCAUAAUAUUUCUAUAUGUGAAAAUUUUAUAGAAUGGAGUCUCAAUUUCUGAGACAUUUGAAAUGAAAUUUUGUGCUAAAUGUUCCUGUUGUAUUGUGAGUUUAUUUUAUAGUCGUAUAUUGGAAAGUAAUUUUCGCUUCUAGAAGUAGGAAUGGCUCCAUCGUUUUUUUUAAUGCAUAAUUCUGUUCUUUACAGUAUCUCAUUUUGUAUAUUGGUUAUCAAAAGGAAAUGUGAAUCUUUUGUGUUGCGAAAUUGAACUUAUAUCUUGAUUUUAUCAUCAAGAUGCCAUGUUUUUUCAUAAAAAUCAGCUUCAUCUUGUUGAAACUGACUAAAUCAUGUCUGUUAUGGAUUGUCUACAUCUUUUUACUUUCACAACAUUGAUAGUAUUUCUUGCAUUUACAUAAUCAUCAAGUUUUCAUAUUUUCUUGCAGA